GUUGGGUUUUUGGUUGAGUUCAGUGGAGGGACGAUUGAGUGGGAAACCGGUGGUUGAAUUCCACCACCGUUUAACUGCCAAAUUCCCUCACAGUCACAGUAUCAUCUAAAGCUUAUCCUCAAUUCAUAGUUGAAACAAUGCAUCAUUCACUCUCUCUCACACUCAAACCCUUCUCUCUCUUCCCUCCCCACAAACACAAACCCACUCCAAAACCUUAUCCACUUCUCGUCAAAUCAUCAAUCAACAAAAACUCUGACACCACAACCAAAUCCACUUCCUGGGUUAGCCCAGAUUGGCUCACUUCUCUCUCUAAGUCCCUCACCAUAGCCAAAGACGAUUCAGGCAUUCCCGUAGCGAGUGCCAAGCUUGAUGACGUGUCCGAUCUUCUGGGUGGUGCUCUUUUUCUCCCUCUCUUCAAGUGGAUGCAAGACUAUGGCCCCAUUUACCGCCUCGCCGCUGGCCCCAGAAAUUUUGUCGUUGUUAGUGACCCCGCCAUUGCGAAACACGUUCUCAAAAAUUAUGGGAAAUAUGCUAAGGGUCUCGUUGCUGAGGUCUCUGAGUUCCUAUUUGGGUCUGGUUUUGCCAUUGCUGAAGGUCCACUCUGGACGGCAAGGCGCAGGGCUGUGGUUCCAUCUCUUCAUAAACGUUACUUGUCUAUUAUAGUGGAUAGGGUGUUUUGUAGAUGUGCUGAGAGAUUAGUGGAGAAGCUACAACCUGAUGUGCUCAAUGGAACUGCUGUUAACAUGGAGGAGAAGUUUUCACAGUUGACUCUUGAUGUUAUUGGUUUAUCUGUAUUCAACUACAAUUUUGACGCACUUAAUGCAGAUAGUCCUGUUAUUGAGGCUGUUUACACUGCAUUGAAAGAGGCAGAGGCUCGGUCAACUGAUAUUUUGCCAUAUUGGAAGUUUCAAUUUCUUUGUAAGAUAAUCCCAAGACAAAUAAAGGCUGAAAAAGCUGUUGGCGUUAUCAGGAAAACUGUGGAAGAUCUUGUUGAAAAAUGUAAAGAGAUUGUAGAGUCUGAGGGUGAAAGAAUUGAUGUUGAUGAGUAUGUGAAUGAUGCUGAUCCUAGUAUCCUCCGGUUCUUGCUUGCUAGCAGAGAAGAGGUUUCCAGUGUGCAAUUGAGGGAUGAUCUCUUGUCACUAUUAGUUGCUGGUCAUGAGACAACUGGUUCAGUGUUGACCUGGACACUUUAUCUUCUGAGUAAGGAUUCUUCCUCUUUGGCAAAAGCAAAAGAAGAGGUAGACAGAGUUCUACAAAGAAGGCGUCCUGCCUAUGAAGAUAUAAAAAAUCUGAAGUUUUUGACACGCUGCAUUAUAGAGUCACUCCGGCUCUAUCCACAUCCUCCUGUUUUGAUAAGAAGAGCUCAAGUUCCUGAUGAGCUUCCAGGUGCUUACAAAGUCAAUGCUGGUCAAGAUAUUAUGAUUUCUGUGUACAACAUACAUCGUUCUUCUGAGGUUUGGGAUAGAGCUGAAGAGUUUUUGCCAGAAAGAUUUGAUUUGGAUGGUCCAGUGCCAAAUGAAACAAAUACAGAUUUCAGAUUCAUUCCAUUCAGUGGAGGGCCUCGCAAGUGUGUUGGUGAUCAAUUUGCUUUAUUGGAGGCUACGGUUGCUCUUGCAAUCUUUCUACAGCAUAUAAACUUCGAGCUGGUUCCUGAUCAGAAUAUUAGUAUGACAACAGGAGCAACAAUACAUACAACAAAUGGUUUGUAUAUGAAACUCAGCCGACGGUUGAAAUAGUUAACGUUUAGUUCAUCUUCGCUUUGACCAAACAAACAAAAAUUCAUCUUCGCAUAAGCUGUAAAGUUGUCUAUAUCUAUCAGCGUAUUCAAUUCUUUCGAUAAUUUUCUCAUUUUUGGUAGUUAAUGUCCCACAAGUUAUCUAGUAAAUAUGUAUUUGAUAGAAAAUAUUUUUUCAACAAUUAAAUCGUUUAUUCAUCUUUUCUAAAUGUUGUAAAGAAGUUUAAUUGAAUUACGAAGUGAAGAACUAUGUCAAGUCCCAGUUACAGAAUCACGUUUU